UUUUUUUUGCCGCUCGGCUCUUGGGUCCGUUCCUUCGGUUGGCUCCCCCCCCCCACACCCGCAUUCCUUUUCGCUCAUGGCCGAGUUCGAUCUCUUCGGCUCCCCUCAGCCAGUGGCGGGAAACGGGGCGCUGGGGGUCGGCGGCGAAGAAGACCCAGCCGCCGCUUUCCUGGCCCAGCAGGAGAACGAAAUCGCGGGCAUCGAGAACGACGAGGGCUACAGCAUCUUGGAAAACGGCGAGGUGCCCGUCGGGCUGCAAGGCCAAGACGCGCUGACCGAAGAGGCAAUUGAUGGAGUGACGAAUGGCGAUAUCUAUCAGGAGAGCAAUGGUCCUACAGACUGCUAUGCUGCUAUAUCUCAAGCUGAUCGUCUGCAGACAGAACCAGAGAGCAUUCGCAAAUGGAGAGAAGAGCAGCGGGAGCGCCUAGAAGAGCUUGAUGCAAACUCUCGAAAGCAAGAAGCAGAAUGGAAGGAAAAAGCAAUAAAGGAAUUGGAGGAGUGGUAUGCAAGACAAGAUGAGCAGCUACAGAAAACAAAAGCAAAUAACAGGGCAGCUGAAGAAGUCUUUGUGAAUGAUGUUGAUGACUCGUCUCCUGGCACCGAGUGGGAACGUGUGGCUCGACUCUGUGACUUUAACCCCAAGUCGAGCAAGCAGGCGAAAGACGUGUCCCGCAUGCGCUCAGUGCUGAUUUCGCUCAAGCAGGCCCCGCUGGUUCGCUGAAGGGAAAGCACACCCUACACUACAAAUGCAAUAUCUAACUUUACUCAGAGAAGCUGUGUUUGCAGUAAUUGGAUUAAUUAUGUUUAAAUGUUUUUUGUUUUUUUUUUGUUUUUGGACCAAACCUCACAAUGUAUUUAGAGUUUGAUCAUUGUUCUGUGAUUGCAUGUUCCUCCUCUCUGUCCUCCUGGUGUCCAAACUGGGAGAAAACUUCCAGAACUGUAGUCUCUAUGCUGCUCUUACGCAUCGAGAUUUGACUUUCAAAUAUACCGAUAUUAAAGGUCUGUUUAAAUUGCACUGUUGUGUGGGAAUAUUAAAAUGCUGAAGGAC